AUGGCUUCUAUCGUAUCUGAUACACCGGACUCGCGGAGCAUGGAUGAUAAUCGAAGAUGGAGUCUGCAGCCUUUGAUUCGCAAGGCUGAACGCUCUCAUAGCAAGAUGCCGGGAAUUAGAAAAAUCCCGCUCCGAGCCAUUGGGAUUAUUUCCUUCAUUGCGUUGCUGAACAUCAUCGUCUGGGUCGCGGCUGGUAUUGUGCUGAGCUACCAUCCAUCCCUGGUCUCGACGGCUGCUCUGGCCUAUUCGCUUGGAUUGAGACAUGCCUUUGAUGCUGAUCAUAUCUCGGCUAUCGAUCUUAUGACGAGAAGACUUCUGGCGACGGGGCAAAAGCCCGUCACAGUAGGCACGUUCUUCUCCUUGGGUCAUUCGACAAUUGUGAUCAUCACGUCUAUCGUUGUGGCGGCAACAGCGGCAGCCGUAUCCUCGCGCUUUGAUAAGUUCAGCACGAUCGGUGGAAUCAUCGGAAGUAGUGUCAGUGCCGCAUUCCUGAUUCUGCUUGGAAUCAUGAACGCGUACAUUCUGUACAAAUUAAUCAAGCAGAUGCAGAAGGUAUUCAAUCUUCCCGAGGGUGCGGAAGAUGAAGCGUGGAAGAUUGAGGGUGGUGGCAUCUUGUUCUCCGUCUUGAAGAAGAUGUUCAAAUUGAUUGAUCGACCAUGGAAAAUGUACCCGCUCGGUAUCUUGUUCGGUCUCGGCUUUGAUACCUCCUCGGAGAUUGCCCUCCUCGGAAUCUCGUCUAUCGAGGCAGCGAAAGGCACUUCAUUUUGGGUCAUUCUUAUUCUUCCCGCUUUAUUCACUGCUGGAAUGUGUCUUCUUGAUACAAUUGACGGAGCUCUGAUGUUCUCCCUCUACAUUCAACCAGCAGCCAACUUCCUUCCAUCAAAGCCAGAUGCAGAGACGGCUUCCAUUGCCAGUGACCCCGAUGAGCUCCCCCAGUCACACAACAAUCACCGUGACCCAGUAGCUUUCCUGUACUACUCGAUCGUGCUCACGACAUUGACCGUCAUCGUCGCAAUCGUCAUCGGUGUCAUCCAGCUUCUCACUCUCGUUCUCAACGUCACAGACGCCGAGGGUAAGUUCUGGGAUGGCGUCCAGGUCGCCGGUGACUACUAUGACGCUAUUGGUGGUGGUAUCUGUGGCUGCUUCAUCGUCUUCGGUGGGCUCAGUGUUCUGGUCUACAAGCCUUGGCGCAGGUGGAUGGACCAGAAGCAUGGAAAGAACGCCGUUCGGGAUGAGGGAUACCGUGAUGACGAUAACAUCGCGGAAGGUGGCAUCAUCAUCCACUCAGGCGGUCAAUAUGGUGCCACUGCUGGGGUUGAUAGGAAGGGUGAUUCUGCUCGCGUGAAUGUGCAAGAGAGUCGAGAGCCGACUCUUGAAGAGCACAUUGUUUAA